AUGGCACCACUCACAGCCGGCUCAGACGAGAAAACGCACCAGGCACUGCUUGACAAGCUCGACAUCUACGCCGUACACAAGCCAUUCCGCAACCCCCACUGGAAGCCGCCGCAGCGCCGCAACAAGAACCUCAAGCAGGUCAUCGGCGAAGCGUCGCGCAAGGAAGCCUCGAUGAUGAACACACAAGCCAACAGUGGUGCCUCGACGCCCGCCGUUGCGUCUGAAGGCGGUGCAACACCAGCCGGUGUCGGUCGACCGCCAAACAUUGCGCAAGCAGCGCAAAGCCUCAGCACGCUGGUGCUCGAGAAGAACGGACGGGCAGCUGCAGCCAACGCGGCAGGGCCUGCCCCGACCUACACGAACAUCGAGUCUGCACCCAGCUUCCACCCAAGUGCGCAGAAGAAGUACUGCGACAUCACCGGGCUGCCAGCGCCGUACACCGACCCCAAGACGCGACUGAGAUAUCACAACAAGGAGAUGUUUGGAGCGAUCAGGACGAUGCCGCAGAACGUGUAUGAGGGCUAUCUGGCAGCAAGAGGCGCCCACACCGUCCUGAAAUGA